AUGAAUAGUUCAGUUGUUUAAUUUCCUAUUCAGAACCUUUUCAAAUAAAUUGAGAUCACUGGUUUUGGCAAUGGAUAAGGAGUAGGCAAUGGAGGUCCUGCUGCUGAGUCUCAAAAGAUAAUCUCUACUGUAGGACUUACUCACAAUGAUCAUCAUUAAGAAUUGAUUGACAUCACUAAGAGAGCGAAGACAACCACAGGAGGCAUGAGAAAAGAUCAGUUGCUUUAAAAAAAGUUUUCACUUUUUAAAACUGGUGAUCUUCCAAACUUGAGUAGCGCUGACAAAAAACUGAGCUCAAGAUUUCUUGAAUAGUGGAUUAAUGAUACUCUAGAUGAAUGCUAUCAUCUAGGCAUACCAGGUAUAAUAGCGAGACCAGAACAUAAGCUACCGUUAUCAAGACAUGGACUUGAUAGAAUUACACUCACUAACAUGGGCAUUCCUAAUGAAUCGGUGAAUAGAAUUUAUCGUAGUCUCUUUGUAUUUAGUGUAGGAUUCUAUGAAUUAAUGACUGAAUGCACUAAAUACCUAGACGUUAAUAGAGUUACAGUCUAAUCUCAAAUAUGGAAGGUAUUUUAGGUGCUACUAGAAUACUGCUGCAAAACUGAUUAUCAACUCAUCACUCAGUAAAUGGAAAAGAACCAUUAAGGAGAGGUAGAAGACAUUGAGAACAAGUAUAGAGAAGUGAUUUAAAAGUUAGAAAAUAGUGAGUCGGAGCUUAAAAAAGAGAUGAGAAGACUACAGUUGAGAAUAGAUGAAUUAGAGUUUGAACGAGGUCAUUAGGAUAAGGAGCGAGAUAGAAUGGUUGCUGAAUCCCAAAAGAAUCAGUAGAAGCAUGAAGAAGAAGUGUAGUUAAGAUUGCAUUUUGAAUCCAAACUAAAUACAAUGCAUCAUGUGAACAGGGAAAUCACAAAUAAAUUGAAGCAAAUUAAACUAAAAAUAGCGGAAGAACAAAUAAGAAAUAAGGAUUUACAGGCUAGAUUGAAUAAUUUGAUUGAUGAAAAUAUCAGAAAUAAGUCAGCAAAGGAAAAGUUAGAGAAGUUAUCAUAGUCAUAAUUAGACCAAAUAGAAAUUAUUACCAAUGAUAGAUUAGAACUUGAACAUAAACUUAAACUGAGCAAUGAGGAACUAAGAAAUACCUUGAAUACUCUAGCCAAAGCUAAAGAACAGAAUGAGGAUCUUGAAAAGUAAAAAAAUGUAACAGACAUGGAUCUAAGCAUUCUCUAAGAUUUUAUGUCAUCAAAGGCCUCUGAGCACAAUAAUGCUCAGAAUUACCUCGAAGCAUUAAACAUAAAACUCAAAGAUUACGAGACUUAAAUUGAGUAGUUGAAAAUGCGUGAAGACAGAACCAGGACUAAACUGCGUUAUUUCAAGUCAGAGCAUACUGGAUUUGAACUGAGUAAAAGGCAGUUUCAAGAGAGAGAAAAAGAAAAUAGAUAGAAAAUAAAAGACCUUGAGGAAAACAUCAAAAAUCUUCUGGACAAACUAGAUAAUAAUAGAGUCAAUUAUGAAGCCUAGAUUAAAAAGUACAACCUACUCUAAAAUGAACAUGAUGAUGUAAUAGAAAAAUACUCUAUUCAGACCUGUGUUAAAAAGGAAAUAGAAGAAUAGUUGAAGAGUCAGCUUGAUUAAACCAAGAAACUAUACAGUUUACAAGAAAAUGAGAAUAAUUUGAUCAGAUAACUCACUCGUGAUCUCUACAACAAAGAGAUGAAACUUAAAGAAGUUGAAGAUGAGAGAAAUGACUUAGAUAAUAGUUACUAAAAACUAGAGACUUAGUAUGAAAACUUUAAGUUAAAGUAUGAAACUAAUAGCCAAAAUCUAAAGUCUUAGUUUGAAAAUGAAAAGGACUCUAGGUCUAUUUGGAAGGAUAGAUAUGAAAAGGAAUUACAGUAAUCAGCUUUCCACAAUAAAAGCAAUUUAGCUUUGAAAAGUGAAAUAUAUGAUUUGAGACAAAAGCUAAUAAAGUUUGAAAUACAGAUAGAGAGAUUAACGAGCGAAAAAGUAGAUUAUUAAGAGCAAAGCGAGGACUAUAAAGAGAAAGUUUAGUUGCUGGGCCAUAGAAAUGAGAAGCUUGAAAGAGAUAUCUACAUUAAGAAGGUUAUCAUCGAUGAAUAUGAUGUCAAAAAGAAGAAUGAAAUAUAGCAAUAUAAGAAUCAGAUGAAGACUCUCCAAACUCUUAUUGCAAGGCAUGAAAUGCAAUCAGAAGAUUUAUCAAGUGAUAUUACUAGAAUGCAUAACAAAUAUCUGUCCACUUUGGCUGAAAUUGAAAAUUUACUUGAACAGAAGAAAAUUUAGGAAAAUUAGCAUCAUUAGACGAAAAAUCAACUAUUAGAACUCGCCAAAGAUAAAUAAAUUCUUCAAUCUCACUUUGAUUUAACAGUAUUAUAACUUGAAGAGACGAAUGCCAAGUAUGAGAGCGAGAUGUUCAAAUGUAUAAGCUAUUAAUAAGACUUAGAUAAACAAAAAUCAGUAGUUGAGGAAUGUAAAGACAAGAUAAUUCAUUUAGAAAUAAUGAUAGAUUAAAAGUAACAAUCAAUAUAAGACAUAGUCGAGGAGAGAGAUUAGUUAAUGAGGCAAGUAACCUAAGCUGGAAGAAUUGACAUUGGCUUGAAUGCUGUGCCUAUUACAUUUCAUGUAGCUACUUAAUCAGAUCAGCACAGUAUAAAUGCAAACUCUCAUGGUGGGUAGCAUCACCAUGGUCAAGAUAGAGUAAGCGGCCAUAGAAUGAGUAUUUAUUAGCAAAGUAACAACUUAAACUUGGCAGAAAAAUUAAAAACCUUUAUCAAAGAAGAUGUCGAAAAUAGCUAUCUAUAGGCAAAUGAACAAUCAAAGAAAAUGAAGCCCAUUUUCCAAAAGAAUCAGUCUAUUAGGAAGAAUAACAAAAAAGACUAGGACUUUAUCUUAGAGGAGGACUUGAUGCAGACUCUAUCAGAUAGUGAAAAAAGAAUAAAGAAAAGCAUUGAAAAAUCAGAGAUCAGCAAUUCAGCUUUAAGAGCGAGCACUAACAAUAAAAAAAGAGUAAACACUAGUUAAAAACUGAGUAGGAAUAAGGGAUUUGACUUUUAGAAAUAAGCUAAUUCACUGCGCCAAGGCAAUCUCAUAUCAUCUGGAAUUGAACCGUAUAAUGAUGCCAGUACCAGUGCUGGCUACAAUAACCCAGCCAAUCUAAAUAGCAGUGUAGGAUUUGCUCACACAAACAGUACAAACCUCAAUAUCAGCGCCCGUGUUGGAACUUCUGACUCCAAACCAUCAAAUCAAUCAUUGUAAGAUUUGUCAUUUUAAUGCUUUAAUUUUAGUUCUGAAAAUUUAUCGGUACAUAGGAAGAAGUAUAGCGUAGAAGAGAGUAUGAAUUCAGCAGCAUAAUCAAGAAUUAAGAGACUUUUAAAACAAGCUUAUUCAGUCAGAGAUUGA